GUGCGUGUCGGCCGCCUCGUUUGCAGUCAAGUCUGUAGUCUCUUGGCUUGUUGCAGCUUCAAGCUCCAAAACGAGUUACGUUCUUCCUUGUCACUGUCAGCUUGAACAUUGCGGGUGGAGUGACUUCCUCCUUUUUUUUCAGCCAUGCGACAUGUCGUCAGUUGUGCAGAGUUCUGGAUCGUCCAGUGGGCCGCAAAGUAUAGAGGAUAGUAAUGACAAGAGAGGCGAUUACCCUGUGGCUGACCAUCUAUCCGAGAGUGCCGGAGACAAAGGUGGCUGGAAAUUUUUACGUGACAAGAAGACUAUUGUAACAUCCCUCGAGAAAGAUGCACCGCCACCGUCAAUCCCUUCCCUGGCUGUGCAGGUCAAACGUCUUGCUGUACUGGAGGUGAAAAUCGCAGCUAGGCUGAGGCGGAAAAGCUUCGCCCAUCAUGACUGCGUCUCGGUGCUGAGUAAUCUGGCCGAUUCUACGGGAGUGUCGAAAAAGAGUUUCUCAGUAAAUGUGAAGUCAGGAGCUUCCGCCAUCUCUGACACUGCUGACGACCAAGGAGAUGGGAAGAGUAACUCACUGGUAUUGUCCACGCCGCAAUUCCGAAAUGAGGUGGGAGACGAGCUACGAAGAAUUGGGAUAGGUGAGCUGGAAGCUGCAGGUUCAGGUGGUCGCUUGGUCUUCUCACCUGCUUCCUGUGUAGGUGUGCUGAUGGAGGACUAUGAUACGUCGAAAAUGGAUGACGACGAGCGCAGGCGCUAUCGUUACUGCCAAUUAGGCAUGUGGAGACCGCAGGGCGGCCACCAGAACAAAGACAGACAUUUCAAGCGAUUCAAUCAUGUGGACCUGGGAGUUCUGUAUUUUCGCCGUUUCUUUGCCGAGCAUACGCACCAGAACUAUUUUGGCAUUGAUGAAGGACUUGGACCCGUGGCUGUGUCUAUACGGAGGGAGAUUAUCCAACGGACAAGGAGUCAAGAAGACAUUGCCUCAGUGGUGUCACUGAGCGUACCGCCCAACGUUGCUGUGAGUACAGGAAGCGGAAGCACUCAGCGAAUUCUCUACCGCGUCAUUGUCCGAACAUCACAUCCUAAUGUACUGAGGGGAUCAGUGUCUGAGGACAGCAUCCUAGCAUCGUACGGUAAACCCAAAUCCUCUCAGCCCAUACCGGCCAAGGACAUCAUCUCUUUUGUAGCCCCUGAAGUACAGCUAGGCUGCUUGCGACUUGGCCAAUCUUACGGCAAAGUCAAUGAGCAACUGAUGAAGUUGGAUGAGUCUAGCCUUAGCCAGCAGUUCAAGUUUGGCGUCAUGUACUGUAAGGCAGAUCAGAGCUCGGAAGAGGAGAUGUAUAACAAUGAUGAAGCUUCGCCAGCUUUCGAUGAAUUCAUGUCCUGUAUCUCGGAUAAAGUGGAGUUAAAGGGAUUCUUGAAGUACCGUGCACAGCUAGACAACCGUACAGAUUCAACUGGUAGCCAUUCCUACUAUACCUACUUUGAAGGUAACGAGAUCAUGUUCCACGUGUCACCUCUACUACCGUCUACACCCAGCAAUCGCCAGCAGCUGCUGCGCAAACGGCACAUUGGAAAUGACAUAGUAACAAUCAUUUUCCAAGAGAAGGGUGCUCUGCCAUUCACACCGGCCACAAUACGCUCCCACUUCCAGCAUAUCUUCGCCGUGGUGCGCUGCCUGGACCCAUGCUCAGUGAGUGGCAAGCCUCGCUAUCAAGUUGCGAUUUCGCAGGCACAAGAUAUUCCUGUGUAUGGUCCUGCCUUGCCCGAGAAUGGUAUAUUUGACCACGGAGCAGACUUCAGGGAGUUCUUGCUCACAAAGCUGAUCAACUCGGAGCUAGCAGCGCAUGACUGUACCAAGUUCCUAAACAUGUCGCAGCGCACUCGCUUUGAGUACUUGAAUGAUCUGGCGGAAAACUACGUCACGCCACAAACUGUGGACACGGGAGAUAGUGGUGGCCUGUAUGGCAAGCUAGCCAGGAUGCGCAAGAGGCCAGACAAGUCAUCCACAUCCGGGUCCCAACCAACUAUGAUUUCCUCAUCGGACUUGACUGACUUGCCAGGUGCCCUGAUGUGGUCCGUUCAAGUGGUGGACUGGGGUGUAGGUGAGGAGCUGGACUAUGUUGAGUGUCUGCUGUGCGUCUCUCUCAAGUACUUGUGCCUGGUGGACGAGGAGUUGCAGACUGUGCGCCUGUGCAUUCCCACAGACUUGGUCAUUGGCUGGUCAGUACAGCAGUUGCACAUCCGUAUCUACUAUGGACAGGGAGCGUACCUUGUACUCAACCUCUGCAAUGUUGACGAGCAAGGUGAGGAGUGUAUGUCUGAGAUUCACCAGCGCCUAGCCGCAGUUGCCCCGAAUGGCUGCGAGUCAGCAAAAGUGCAUCUGGAAAGGAGUCCUGGUGGCCACCUAGGUUUCAUGAUCCACCGUGGUGGCAUUGUUGGACAGGUGGAUGUGAACGGCGUGGCAUACGCAGCUGGUAUUCGCCAAGGCGCUCGUAUCGUGGAGAUGGACGGCAUUCCAAUCUACGGGCGCCUGCACUACUAUGUGGUUGGGCACCUCAAGAAAGCCAAGUUCAUUGACGCCAUUCUCAUUGCGCCACUCCCUGAUGGUUCACCUCGUGGUGGCAAGUCAACUACGCAGUCGGAGCGACAGACCCGGCAGAAAAGUAUGAUACUGCGCAAAGGCCGUGCACCACAGCGCUCUGCAUCAUCGCGUGCCCCAGCCAGGCGCCCUGGCGACACUGACAAACACCGGCGAAUACGAGCAUCUAUUGUGGCUGCCAACGACCAGGACUCAGAAGAGUUCCGCCAAGUUGCCGAGCGUGCCAAAUUGGCUUUGAGCACGUCUUCAGCUGCAUCUAGCAAAGUCCGUACUGAGGGACGGUACUGUGAAAGUGAUGUUUGAGUCUGAGACCUGGUAGGUUUUCGUUGCUGUGGUAGCUCACUAUUUAUUUUUUUCUACUUCUUUUAGAGUCGUCCGUUGGUUGCAUCGUGUGCUUGCUAAAAAGCGUAUUGCCAUGAGCCUGUGUGUGCAGUGUGUUUGCCUUGUUAGCAUUAUCCUUUUCGCUCAUAACUACAUAACAAGGCAUGCUGUCAGCUCGGUGAUGGUUGUUUUUUUUGUAUGCAUAGUCUAGUCUUGGCCUGUUCAGGCUGCACAUACACUAGUAAACAUCAUUUCAAUUCAGGUCCUAUAAAAUUCAUCUUACUUGAUUGUCGUAUUUUGUCCAUGCGCUCCAGUUGCUGUUUUUAUUAUUACUAUUAUUAUUGUUAGUUUGCCCCUCUUUCUUAUAUUAGGCUACCGCCUAUGUAGUAGUCAUUUAAUCCGCGAUUCCACCCAGCGCUGUUGUUGUCGCAGAGCCAUUCUCAUGAUCUGUCCGUAUAUGUAUGGAUGUUAGAGUGUGUUGUGUUCUAGUAACCGGAGUAGGCUGUGUUAUUGGUUGUAAAACUGGUGCAACGCUGUGGCUAUCCUAUCUGCUAGUCUGUCUUGUGUUUGGCCUAAACUUGAUCACCACUUGCGCUUGUUCACAUUCAAUGCAGUGCACACACUGCACUUGUAAGAUGUUGCUAUUGCCAGCAAGUGCCCUUGCUUUUUGCAUAUUCUGUUUAACUUGCCGUGAGCAGUGUAUUCUUUCCUAGGCGUUGCCUUCUUCUCA